CCUCACUUUUUUUUAUAGGGCGGAGAACUGCCCCCCUGCUGAUUAAUAAGGGGCGGAGAACUGCCCCCCUGUCAGAAUUGAUGACCCGGAGAAGUGCCCCCUAAUUAAAGAAAUUUCGCAGCGAUAUAUAAAUUAGCAUGCAAUUUAAUCCAUCCUUAUGCAAGCUGAAAACAAUAAUUUAUUUGUUUGUUUUCGCCAAUUACGGAUUUGGACGGUUCAAUAUAAUAAACCCGUAUGCGGCUUUAUUCAAAGCUAACAAGUUCUUAACAAUUAAGGUCGGUCCGGUCUACCAAUUAAAAGAUUAAAAGAUCGCUAACGGUAACAAGUUCUCUGUCUGCCUAAUUAGCUGCUAAUUAAAGCAACUGUUACCGAUUUUGUUUGAUUGGCAUGUCGACAUGAUCUGCUCAAAAUGCAAACUGUUGCCGUAAUAUGUAUAAAAUGCAACGUAGACUUUCGAUUAUCACUAUAACCAUUGCAUCAAUUAUGGAGUUCAUAAGAAGUCAGAGAGGCGCGGCAAAGCUUUGUUAUGAAGGGUUCACGUACACGAAGAAAAAGGAGACGAAGUCGACGAUGCGAUGGGAAUGUUCCCAGCGUCGAAGCGAGAAUUGCAAGGGUACCGCCACUACGGACAAUCCACCAACACGGGUGAUUUCCUCAACAGAUCACGUCCACGUCAACGACCAAUUCUACGUGGAGGCGUUGAAGGUGCGACAAGAAAUCACGGCCGCGGUGAUCUCGAAUGGGGGCCAGCCUCAUAGGAUCCUGGCGGACAAGCUGGUACAGCAUCCAGUGGAGCUCCACAUGUGUUCGACCAAGUUUUCACCGUGCGUGUGCCACUUGGAGAGACGUCGGGGACAGUAGCAUAUGCCUUGCUGCCAUCCAAGGACCAAACUUCGUAUGAGGAGUGCAUGACAGCUGUACUAGAUGCGUGUCUAACUAGGGACAUCCGUCCAACUCCGUCCAAGGUCGUGUGCGACUUCGAGGUGGCCAUCCAUAAUGCUGUUCGUCAGGUUAUGGCGAACGAUAUCCAGAUACAGGGCUGCUUCUACCACCUUACGCAGAGUACCUGGCGUCGUAUACAGGGGGACGGCCUGCAGGUCCUAUACAGAGAGGAUGAAGAAAUAAGACAGUUCUGCGGACGACUCGACGGUCUGGCGUUGCUACCGACGGAUAAGGUGCUAGAAGGCAUGGCCAUCUUAAAGGACACGGCCCCUUCAGCGCUGACUGGGAUCGUCGACUACUUCGACAAUACCUACGUGAGCGGCGGAUUUCGGUCCGUGAGGACCGCUGACGGCAUGAUGCGCUUCAGGAGAACGCCGCCCCGUUUCCCGCUAGAUAUCUGGAACGUACACGCUGCAACAGUCAGUGACGAAGCUAGGACCAACAACCUGUGCGAGGCUUGGAACAAUGGGUUCCAAGUUUUGGUUGGGCACCAGCAUCCGUCUCUGUGGACUGUAGUUGACUGCUUCAUGAAAGACGCCGCUAUGGUGGAGACUGAGGUGUAUCGCGUGCGCAACGGUGAGCCUUCAAUUAAGCCGAAGAAGAAGUCAACAGAGCGAUACCAGCGGCGUCUGAAGACUUUGUGCGAGCAGGUGGCGAGUGGUGAGAAGAGUGUGAGUCAGUUUUUGAACGUUGUCGGCGGACUUGUGCGAUUGAAGUAGUGUUUGAGUGUAUUGUUUAUGUAAGAAUGCAUAUAUGUUUGAACGUAUGUAUGAUUGUAACUGUGAAUGUAUAUAUGUAUGUAUGUAUGUAUGAAUGUAUGUAUGUAUGUAUGAAUGUAUGUUUUGAACGUUUAUGUAAGCAUGUAUAUAUUUUUUAAUGUAUGUCUGAAUGUAUGUAUGCAUGAUUGUAACUGUGAAUGUAUGUAUGCAUGUAAUGUGUGUAUUUAUGUAUGUAUGUAUGAAUGUAUGUUUUGAACGUUUAUGUAAGCAUGUAUAUAUUUUUUAAAUGUAUGUCUGAAUGUAUGUAUGUAUGAUUGUAACUGUGAAUGUA